GAAGCCAGGCCCCGCAUUCUUUAGUACCCCAUUCAGCGACACUUUCCUCAGCCUUGCGAACUUCGAUCUUUCCAGUAAUUACAACCCGAGUCAGUCCAACGUCUGCACUUUGCUCCUUUCUUUAACCCCAGAAUAUACUUGGUCUUGCGGUAGCUAUCUUGACGGACCUAGGCUCAAAUAACCUGCAUCACGGCGGAACCCCAGUUCACCAACGUCAAUCGGCUCCCUCUAGGGGCAGCACAGCCAAGAUGGGCAACACACCGAGUGUAGUGUUGGACAACAUAGUUCAAGGGUCGAACUUCGAUCGGGAUGAGGUGGACAGGCUACGAAAGAGGUUCAUGAAACUUGACAAGGACAAUUCGGGCACCAUCGAGCGCGACGAAUUCCUCAGCCUACCGCAGAUCUCGUCCAACCCCCUCGCGACACGCAUGAUCGCAAUCUUCGACGAGGACGGCGGCGGCGACGUCGAUUUCCAAGAGUUCGUCUCGGGCUUGUCGGCCUUUAGCAGCAAGGGCAAUAAAGAGGAGAAAUUGCGCUUCGCCUUCCGGGUCUACGACAUCGACCGCGACGGGUACAUUAGCAACGGCGAGCUUUUUAUUGUCUUGAAGAUGAUGGUAGGCAGCAACCUUAAGGAUCAGCAGCUGCAGCAGAUCGUCGACAAGACCAUUAUGGAGGCGGACCUUGAUAAUGAUGGCAAGAUCAGCUUUCAGGAGUUCACUAAGAUGGUCGAGAAUACGGAUAUUAGUAUGAGCAUGACUUUGGAUCAGUUUUAGAACCUGGACGCACACAAACGGAGAGAGACUGCU